AUGGCACCCUCCCUCGAAGUGCCCGUUACUUACGCUGCCCCUUCUACCUUUGGGAAAUUCCCGGUUCCCAAGAAGGUGGUCGCCGGAGAUAACAAGUUUGGCUACGUCCCCGGACGGACCACCGUCGAAGAGCACGUCGAAUAUCCCCAUGAGGAUCUUCUUCCUUCUUUCCCCGACAUUCACUGGGCCCCCGUUGGGGAGGUCCCCUAUUCAGACCGUGGCCUUCGAGGUGACCCCAAGUUUCGCAAUCUGUUAGCAGACGCCACGGCUGUCUUUGACUACAACCCCAAAAUCGGCACUGAGAUCCAUGGUGUUGACCUUUCCAAUCUCACCGAUGCUCAGAAGGACGACCUGGCUCGUCUGAUUGCGUACCGCGGAGUCGUGUUCUUCCGGUCACAAAAGUCAUUUGAUGUCGAGGCUCAACGGAAACUCGGACAGCACUUUGGCACUCUCCACAAGCAUGCAACUACCUCUGUUCCCCGAAAGAAGGGACUCGAAGAUGUCCAUGUUGUUUACACCGGUGACAACUCCGGCGACAACCGUGCUUUGUUCAGUCCAAGCUUUCUGUGGCAUUCAGAUGUUACUUAUGAAGUGCAACCACCAUCUUACACCUCUCUGAAGCUCUUGGCCGGUCCGCCUACCGGUGGCGGUGGCGAUACCCUUUGGUCCUCGCAGUACGCUGCGUAUGACGUUCUUUCCCCAUAUAUGCAGACCUAUCUCAAGGGCUUGACAGCCGUGCAUUCUGCGAAUAUGCAGGCUAACGACUCGCGGGCCCUUGGCCGACCCGUCCGCCGUGAUCCCGUCACCACUGUUCACCCUCUUAUCCGAACGAAUCCUGUCACGGGUUGGAACGCCCUGUUUUUCAAUCCCGGCUUCGUGACUAAGAUCAUCGGCAUCCCCAAGGGUGAGAGUGACGCCAUUGUCCGGUACCUCACCGACGUGGUGGCCACGACUCAAGAGAUGCAUGCUCGAUUCCAAUGGGGCAAAGACGACGUUGCUCUCUGGGACAACCGCACAACUACACACACUGCUUCCUACGGAUUCACUCCCCACCGAAGACACGCUGUGCGAGUCUGUUGCCAUGCCGAGCGCCCUGUGCUCGAGGAGUUGGGCAAGUCGCAAGAAGAAGAGCUGAAUGCUUUGUAUGGAUUGCCGGCCGUCAACAAGGACGGAUCGCGGCAGUCAAACUAUAACGAUUGAUGGUCAUGGGAACAAUCUUCAUUGGAGCGUUUUUCUUUAGUAUACAGGCAUGGUAAUAGGCAGUCUGCGAGUCUGCAGGCGUUAGGGC